AUGGCUCUCUUUGUGCGCCAGGUUAUUACCUUGACUCUCAAGAAUCUCCUCGUUGCUUUUGUCCGGCACCCGUUCUCGACCACGAUCAGAGCCUUUAUCUUGCCUUGUAUCUUCGUCGGCUUUCUAUCUUACGCGCGCUUUCUGUUCAUUCCUCCCAGUGUCUAUGGCAUCGGUGACCCCACGCCGAUUCGAAGCCUGCCUGAAGCACUUGAUCUCGUCUCUGGUGGCAGGAAUAAACUUGUCUUUGUCAACAGCGGAUUCUCAGAUGGCCCAAUUCAAUCGGUCAUUGACAAGGUGGUGAAUGAGACCGGGUCAUUUGGCGGUCGAGUCGAGAUAUUGUCCCAAGAGGAGGAGCUGUUGACCGUGUGUCGAAACUCAAUCAGGGGAACGUCGUCAUGCAUAGCAGGUGCCGUCUUUUUCUCCUCGCCCUCUGAGGGACAGGCUGCUCGCUGGAAUUAUACUAUUCGGGCAGACGGUGGGCUUCAGUCCAAGAUCGUAACCGACUCUUCCAAGAACGACGUUGAGAUCUACCUGCUUCCCCUCCAACAUGCUAUCGACCGUGCUAUUUCUCAAGUCGAAGCCCACACUAAUGGAGCCACAGUCCUUCCCAACAUCGCAGACGAAUAUCCUUAUACUUCUAUGACGAAACAGCAGCGCUUAAACCGUAUCCGAACCCGAUAUAUGGGAGGUAUCAUCGACAUCCUGGCCGUCGCUUUCUUCAUUGGCGUGGUAGGUGUUACGUACCAGCUUACUGGAGUCAUCGCAUCGGAGAGAGAAAAUGGCAUGGCUCAACUACUUGACUGCAUGAUGCCGAAUCUGAAGCGAUGGCAGCCACAAAUGGCACGAAUUAUCGCUAACCACCUGGCCUUCGACAUGCUCUACGGACCCGGCUGGAUCAUCAUGGCCAUUAUUCUCUGUGCUGGCGUCUUCAGCAAAACAUCACCAGCAAUCGUCAUCAUCUUCAAUAUCCUAGCUGGACUAUCGGUGUCAUCCUUCUCAAUCCUGGGAGGGGCAUUCUUCAAAAAAGCCCAGCUUUCUGGAAUCACCUCUGUCAUCGUCAGUCUUUUACUUGCCAUCGUCGCGCAAGUCGCCAGCAAAGCCGGAACAGCAUCUGUCGCCAUCCUCUCCCUUCUUUUUCCACCUAUGAACUAUGUAUAUUUUACGAUUUUUAUGGCUCGUUGGGAGAAGCAAGAUCUUGGUACAAAUCUGGUGAAACGAGCGCCCGAGAACACGUCCGCGUUACCCGGUAUCGCUCUUUGGAUAUUUUCGAUAGUUCAGAUUCUUGUUUUUCCAAUCCUUGGUGCGUACGUUGAACGCAUCCUAUAUGGGACAGCGUCACAAAGUCGAAAGACCACAUAUUCGGACGAUCCCACCUCGAUCUUGUUAUCUGGAUUCACCAAGGAAUACCCACCUUCAUGGCUUGCACGACUUCGCGCAAUAUUUUCGAGGAAACGACUCACGACCGUACUUGCCGUCGACAAUCUAACUUUGGACGCGACGAGAGGGCAAAUCGUAGUGCUACUUGGUGCCAAUGGUAGUGGUAAAUCCACCACCUUGGAUGCAAUUGCCGGUCUCAACUCUAUCACCUCUGGAGAGAUCACCAUCAAUUUUCCGGAGGCCAACACUGGGCUAGGAUUCUGUCCUCAGAAAAACGUGCUGUGGGAUGAUCUCACGGUGGAAGAGCAUGUUCGCAUCUUCAAUAGGAUCAAGAGCCAGAAGCCAUCCUCGAAAGAAGAAAAUCGACAACUCCUAGUUUCAUGCGAUAUCGACCGGAAAUCCGGUGCUCGCUCAAAGACACUGUCUGGAGGCCAGAAGCGCAAGUUGCAGCUGGCAAUGAUGUUCACUGGCGGCUCACGGGUAUGUUGCGUGGAUGAAGUGUCCUCUGGUCUCGAUCCAUUGUCCCGGCGAAAGAUCUGGGAUAUUCUCCUGGCUGAGCGCGGGUCAAGGUCCAUUGUUCUCACGACACAUUUCCUGGAUGAGGCCGAGCUCCUUGCGGAUCACAUUGCGAUACUGUCGAAGGGUGUUCUGAAGGCUUCAGGGACCUCGGUGGAGCUCAAGCAUAAACUCGGCUCUGGAUAUCGAGUCCACGUCUACCACAACCACGGGUCUCAGCAGCUUCCGACUUUCAAGGAUGUUAACCAUGUUAGACGAGAUGAUCAAACCAUAUAUGGCUUGACAGACUCGGCACAGGCGGCAGACUUUCUACGCCGGAUAGAAAGCGAGGGUGUCAUGGAGUAUCAGGUUAACGGUCCUACAAUCGAAGACGUAUUUCUGAAGGUUGCUGAAGAGGUCAGAUUGGUACCGCAUUCAGCCGAAAAGAGGGGCACCGACCACAUCCUCCAGGAGAUUGGCAGCCACAGUAGCACUGAGAUCGACCCCGACAACGUUGUCAAAACAAUGAUCAGAGAUGAGUCAUCAGGGGAGCCUCCUCAACUUCUAGACGGACGCCGCAUCAGUAUGCCCCGACAAGCCAUGGUGCUCUUCUCUAAGCGAUGGGUUGUACUUCGCCGCAACACUCUUCCCUAUCUUGCGGCACUCCUGAUCCCAAUCAUUGCUGCUGGGCUUGUCACUCUCUUCCUCAACAAUUUUCAAAAGACGACCUGCAGCCCGGCAUCGUUAGCUUUGGUGUCCGACAUUGAGUCCUUGUCCUCACAGGUCAAUUAUGAUCUUGUGGCAGGACCGCGCGAUCUGCUCAGCCAGAAUGCCAUCCAGCUUUUUGCUUCCACGCUAGCAGGCAGCACGGGUCUCGCAGGAAUUGCGGCCAAUGCCACAAAGUUGCUGGAUUCAAUCCAUCUUGUCGAUACCCUAGAUGAAUUCAACGACUACAUCGACACUAAAUUUGACAAUGUGACCCCUGGUGGUUUCUUUCUAGGAGACAAAACCUCGCCACCGACCUUUGCCUGGCAGGGAGACGGGAAUAUUGCGUUUUCAGUCAUCAUACAAAAUGCCAUGGACACCUUGUUGACCAACAUUUCCAUUUCGAACCAGUACCAAGCCUUUGACGUGCCGUGGGGUGCUGAUGUAGGGAAAGCAUUGCAGCUGAUCACGUAUUUUGGGCUCGCCAUGGCAGUCUACCCGUCUUUCUUCGCCUUGUAUCCAACAAUAGAGCGGCUGCGCAACGUUCGAGGUCUCCAUUACAGUAACGGCGUCCGGUCGGCACCUCUGUGGCUUGCGUACACCACUUUCGACUUCGUCAUUGUCGUCGUCACAAGCUCGAUUACCAUUAUCAUCUUCCGGGCUGUCACCGAUGUCUGGUAUCAUAUCGAAUACCUCUUUGUGGUUUUCUUUUUGUAUGGGCUGGCCUCGACACUGUUAUCGUAUGUCAUAUCCCUCUUCUCGCGGUCACAACUCGCAGCCUUUGCGUUUGCAAGUGGUGGUCAGGCCGUCAUGUUCCUGCUUUACUUCAUUGCUUACAUGUCCGUUCUCACCUAUUCACCAAUCGACAAGAUAGACAGAAACGUCAAUAUCUGUCACUUCACAAUCGCGACCAUCUCUCCCGUGGCAAACCUGACACGAGCACUGUUUCUCACUCUCAAUGUGUUUUCGAUCACUUGCAGGAAUCGCGAGUUUGCUUCUUAUGCUGGAUCAAUGACCACAUUUGGCGGCCCCAUCUUGUAUUUGAUCUUGCAGUCGUUUCUACUCUUUGGGCUACUUUUGUGGUGGGAUUCGGGUCCUUUGUUUCGACGGCUUCGCAAAAAGCAACAGGAAGAGGAGGUGGAAGAGAGAGAUACCGUGGAGGCAGAAGUCUCCAACGAACUCACGAGGGUGUCUUCAUCCCAAGACGGCCUUCGGGUUCUGAAUUUGACCAAGCGAUUCGGCAAAACGCUAGCCGUCAACAAUGUCACAUUUGGCGUGCCUCGAAGUGAAGUUUUUGCCCUCCUUGGACCAAAUGGUGCUGGCAAGUCGACGACGAUAUCUCUGAUUCGAGGUGAUAUCCAACCGAGUCUUCGUGGAGGCGACAUCUUAGUCGACAAUAUCUCCGUAAUCCGACAUCGGGCCCAGGCUCGCUCUCGCCUUGGAGUGUGUCCUCAGUUUGACGCAAUGGAUACGAUGACCGUGGCUGAGCAUCUGCACUUCUACGCUAAAGUUCGUGGUGUCAGUGAUCCUCGCCAUAACGUUGAAGCCGUGAUGCGCGCGGUUGGCCUCGAGCAGUAUGCUGAUAGGAUGGCGGCCAAAUUGUCCGGUGGCAACAAGCGCAAGCUGUCCCUCGGUAUUGCACUCAUGGGCAAUCCAAGCGUCCUACUCCUGGACGAACCCUCAUCGGGCAUGGAUGCCGCAAGCAAGCGCGUCAUGUGGAGAACGUUGGAAUCGGUGGUUCCUGGUCGAUCCCUGGUGCUCACAACACACUCAAUGGAGGAAGCAGAUGCGCUCGCAACGAGAGCUGGUAUCAUGGCAGGCAAGAUGUUGGCGCUUGGGACAACUGACUACCUUCGCAGAAAGCACGGGGACGCGUAUUAUGUACACCUCGUACACAAAGGAGCCCCACAUGCAUCGGAUGAAGACAUGCUGCGCAUCCGAGACUGGAUCAUGCGGAGUUUUCCCGAUGCAAAUAUUGAGAGCAAAGUAUACGCAGGCCAGAUCCGAUUCUCGGUGCCAACGAAAGGGUUGUACGCCAGCAAAGACGGUGAAAUUAGCGUGGAGUCUGGUAUUGCGUCUCUGUUUGCGGCUCUCGAAAAGAACAAGGCGGAGCUGCAGAUUGAAUACUACAGCGUCAGCCGUGCAACUCUGGACCAAGUGUUCCUCAGUAUCGUGGGCAAACACAACGUUGAAGAGGAGGGCGGCGAAGCACCUUCCAUACCAAAAACUGGCUUCAUCAAAGAGCUAUCACGAGUUAGAUCUCGCUUAGUGCACAAAUGA